AGAAGAAGAAGAAGAAGAAGAAGAAGAAGACUGCAGCUGGCUUACUAGUAUUCCCUCUGAUACAACAGCCACACUGCAACUACAGUCUACAGAGUCAAGAUCAUCAUGAAUACUGCAAUGACUGUUAUCGUUCUUCUGGUCUGCUCAGACGUCAUCUACAUGAUACAAGGGAGAGUUAUAGCAGAUCCUCGAUGUCGCUGCCCUAAAGUACAUGCAGGUGGGGUGACUACCAGUUUAAUCAUCAAACUGACCCGUUACCCUCCUCGCUCACACUGCUCUAAGGAAGAAGUCAUUGUCACACUGAUAACCGGAGGUUUGCUCUGUCUCGACCCAAAUGGGAACUUUGCCAAAACACUGAUUGAAAGACAAACCAAAGCAAAUCAACAGCGUCAAAAUCAACGUUCCAUUGAGACUCUCUCCCCACAUGCCACCACUAGCACUUGAUCACUCUUUGUCUGGCACUGGAAGCUGUGCCACCCUGCAACCCCUCUGCUGGCUUGCCUCUGAAGCGGGGUUGGCCCGGUCGAGCCUUGGAUGGUAGACAAUAACCAGAGCAAGUGAUGUUGGAGGGCCAGUAAGGGGUAAUGUUCCCUCUGGUCCAAAGAGACUUAAAUCAAUGAGUCAGGACAGUGAUGGGGACACUGCCCUACAAAGGGUGCUGUCCUUUUAAUAUGUUUAUUAUAUGUAUUUAUAUAUUUGUAUAUAUAUAGUAUAGACA